CAAUGAUGUUGGUGUUUUCGCUGGUUUUCUCCAUAUUAUGCUUUAAUUCGCAGCAUUAAACAAAUAAAUACAUAGAUAACAAAUAAUGAAGUACGUCUUGUGCAUUGUUUUACUUACCGUAUUUCUGGCGGUUUCAUGUUCGUCAGAACGCUUUUCUUGUUCUGGCAAAACUAGAGGAUGCACUCGUGAAUUGAUGCCAGUUUGCGUCAGAACGAAAGAUGGAAAUCUGAAAACAUUCAAUAACAAAUGCAUGUACUGCGAUGAAAAAGGAAUAAACGAGGUGGUUUUUACUCCGGGUAAAUGCAAAUGAGGAAGAACGACAAAAGCACAAAGACUGAGAUUGAUUCAAUCUGAAUAUGUGAAUUAAUAC